GACGACUGCUGCAUAAUGAAUGAAGUAGUAACGAUGAUCGCCUAUCAGCAUGUGAAACAAGCGGCACUACAACAAUAGCUCACUGGCAAGCGGGAAUCCACACCGCACGGAGGGAGCCGAGUCAGUCACGUCAGAGAUACGACAGGGACCGUACGUACGCUGGCUGUGUCCUGGGCAGGAACAGACGACAGGUGGUUGAACCGAGAUACGGGGGCGCUGAACCAAAACCACAAACAACACUUGAAAAGACUCGGACAGGAGACAGGGCGUGACGGUGUAUAUCACGCAGGUGUGCCCAGUGCUCACCAUAGCUCCAGAACGGUUCGUGUGUCAACGUUUGGUCGGCGGAACAUGUCGUCUUCCCCAAGAAGCCCCACGCUCAUCACCGCUAGGCUCUCCCCGCCCGGACAAAUGUCCCGAAUCAGCGACGACCAGGAGAGGAUCCUGGAGUAUAACUUCGGCCACCUGACGAAGACUCCCGAUGGAAUCACGCUGGAGAUCAUCGCUGCGGAGUCGGGAUUGUCCGUGGAGGAAACAGCGAAAUGGUUCCAACAUCGGUACGCCUUGUGGAGACAGAAAGAAGGCCUUCCACCCAACAGCGGAAGGGUAACAGACUAACAGCGAGCGUACAGAACUCACCACUGCCAGGGAGUGACAACGACAACGUACUCAACAUAGUAUGGCACUGGUCAUCCCAUAGCCUUCAUUGUUACAAACUUCAACAUUCACACAGGGCUAGUUUAUUUGACAACUUGACAGGUGGCGUUCAGGAAAGGAAGAGUUAUACUGUAUGGGAAUUUCAAUUUAGCAGAGAUAGAAAUUAAGAUUUGUGAGAGGGGCAAGGAAAGUUUUCAGAACCUUCAGUGACAGUGACCUGUAAAAUGGAUUAAUCCUUAUGGAAGUGUAAAUGUCUACGUCUUAGUGGUCUUGUCUUUCUAGAGAAAAAAAAUGACAUCUCCAAACUUGACAUUUUCGUACAGAUAAGUUCUCCGCUGCUUCACCUCAAUCAAGUAUGAAGGUAUUUUGUCGAUCUAGGGACUAGAUAUGUAUAGAUAUACAAAUACAUGUAUUUGUAUAUCGUGUGAUGUCCAUGUAUAUUUCAUUGUAUAUGUUUUAUUUAAGUUGCGGCUGUGCACGCAAAGCCACAAAGCAAUGUGAGGAGAAGACAAUAUGUGUAUCUCUUGAUAUUUGUAAACGUGUUCAUGCAAGCUGUGUUUAUUUAAAGAAGAGAAGGAAUGGCGGAUUAUGGAUGACUGAAACAAAAAC